AGGCCAAACCACCGUUGGAUGCAAAAAAAAAACAAAAACUACUCAAUUUUUAUGGUCAAAGCAGAUUAAUGGUGGAGAUUCCUGAGCAUGCUUCUGAUAAAUUAAUCUCAACCAAAACCCUGCGUUUGCAUUUUGCAGGGGUUUUGAAUCUCGAACCAAGGCACAAAAAAUCUGAGGGAAGACAAUUAAGAGAAAAAAAAUAUGUGCAGUUUGGAGAAGCACAAGAAUAUCUUCAUCCUGAGGAUGACAGGCGAUGGAGAGCAUCGCUUCAACCCUGAAUUCAUGGACUCCAUUAUUUCUGCAAUUGCCUAUGUCAAUCAGAACGCUCACCAGGCCUCUGCAAUUAUUGUAACAAAUGACGGCAAAUACUUUUCCAACGGCCUCGAUCUCGAAUGGAUGUCGCACGACAAGGAGAUUCGAACCCGGGCCGUCGGCGACAAAUUCGUGGAGCUCUUGGCCGCCGUCAUGGGCUUAAAAUUGCCGUCAAUUGCAGCCGUCUGUGGCCACGCUUGCGCAGCUGGAUUCAUUUUCGCCCUGGCUCAUGACUACAGGUUCAUGAGAAAUGACCGAGGGUUUCUGUACAUGAGCGAGGUCGAUGUCGGGAUAAUUAUUCCCCCGUCGGUCAUGUCUGUUAUCAGAAGCAAAGUCGAUUCGCGUCAUUUGACGGAAGUUAUGCUCGGCGGCCUCAAGUACGGAGCACAGGAAGCCCUCGGAAAGGGUUUGGUGGAUUCGACGCAUGGGAGUUCUGAUGAAACCCUAGGUACCGCCAUUAACGCGGCCGUUGAGCUUGGUAAACGGAAGUGGAAAGGGGAAGUCUAUUUGGGUCUCAGACUCGGCGCAUUUCCAGAAGCUGCAGAGAAGCUUGGGAUCCGAAGUGUUUCUGUACUUGCUUCCAGAUUGUGAAUUUAAGGUACCUUGCUUCUUUGGUUUUUCCAAAAUGUUUUAAGUAAAUGCAGAAUAGGAUUACAUUUAUAGAAGAGUACCAUACUGGAUAUGGCUAAUUUGGCGAAAUCGUAUAUCAGAUUUCGAUUAUUUUUUGGGGUCUUUGUAUGCGACUUAACUGCUUAUAAGAUGUUGGGUUUUGGGUAGUAAUGAUGCAUGCUGUAAGAUUUUUUGGGGUCUUUGUAUGCGACUUAACUGCUUAUAAGAUGUUGGGUUUUGGGUAGUAAUGAUGCAUGGUGUAAGAUCAGUUAUGCCCACAAAGGUCAAAAAGUACACAUUUCAAAGUAUGGCCCGAUACAUACUUAUAGAUGUUCCAAUAACUAUCAACUCAAAAUUGAAGUACUUGUGGACAAAAUUGUGAGUACUUGUGAACAAAAACCUAUCCACUAUUGGAACUAUAUCCACUACUAGUACUCUUCCCUUGCGAGCCAGAAAAAUGUCAUCUAUUUUGUCAAACUAGCAGUCUAUUUAAUUGUUUUUUGGGCUGCCAAGAAAAUUUUCCCACAUCUAUCUAUUAACUAUUUGAGAAAUUUGAAAAUUUUCCUUUAAAUAUUAGACUAGGAUUUUCUUCUUUUGGUAGAGAUUUUGGUGGUAUAUCUCAAAUCCAUUUUAAAUGGUCACGGAUCUAUUCGAGGCUCAAGCACACAAUUUGAAACAUCCAAAGUCCCAAACAUGAAACAACGGCUUGUUGUUCUUUCUUUUGAACCAGUAGCAGUGCAUGUGGAGCAGCAAUUGAGAAAAUUUAAUGCCUGAUCUUACAAAAAAAAUGGAGCCUUUAACAACCAAGGGUUACUAUUUAGAAUUCUUAUUAAGUUUUUUGGUAAAAAAUUGUGUAUAUUUU